AUGACCCUCUCCGGCGGCGGCAGCGCCAGCGAUAUGUCCGGCCAGACGGUGCUGACGGCCGAGGACGUGGACAUCGAUGUGGUGGGCGAGGGAGAUGACGGGCUGGAGGAGAAGGACAGCGACGCGGGCUGCGACAGCCCCGCGGGGCCGCCGGAGCUGCGCCUGGACGAGGCGGACGAGGGGCCACCGACCGCACCCCAUCUCGGGCAGCCUCAGCUGCCCCACCAGCAAGCCCUGGCAUUACCCAAGGAGGCGUCCGCGGCCGGGCCGGGGGGCGAGGCGGGCGCGCCGGAGGCGGACGGUUGCAAGGGCGGCGAGGACGGCGUCGCGAGCGGCGGCGGGCCUGGCACCGGAGGCGGGGCGGCGGGCGGUCUGACCCCCAGCAAACCCAAGAACAGCCUGGUGAAGCCCCCGUACUCCUACAUCGCUCUCAUCACCAUGGCCAUCCUGCAGAGCCCGCAGAAGAAGCUGACCCUGAGCGGCAUCUGCGAGUUCAUCAGCAACCGCUUUCCCUACUACCGGGAGAAGUUCCCUGCCUGGCAGAACAGCAUCCGCCACAACCUGUCCCUUAACGACUGCUUCGUCAAGAUCCCCCGCGAGCCGGGCAACCCGGGCAAGGGCAACUACUGGACCCUGGACCCUCAGUCCGAGGACAUGUUCGACAACGGCAGCUUCCUGCGGCGCCGGAAACGCUUCAAGCGCCACCAGCAGGAGCACCUGCGCGAGCAGACGGCGCUCAUGAUGCAGAGCUUCGGCGCCUACAGCCUGGCGGCGGCGGCGGGUGCCGCGGGACCCUACGGCCGCCCCUACGGCCUGCACCCGGCGGCGGCUGCCGGCGCGUACUCUCCUGUGGCGCCCGUGCUGCCGCCCGCCGUGCCCCUGCUGCCCUCGGGCGAACUGGGCCGCAAAGCUGCCGCCUUCGGCUCGCAGCUCGGCCCGAGCCUGCAGCUUCAGCUCAACACCCUGGGCGCCGCCGCCGCCGCCGCCGCGGGCACGGCGGGCGCGGCGGGCACCACGUCGCUCAUCAAGUCGGAGCCCAGCGCUCGACCGUCGUUCAGCAUCGAGAACAUCAUCGGCGGAGGUCCCGCGGCCCCGGGGGGCUCGGCGGGGAGCGCGGGAGGCGCUGGAGGUACGGGGAGCGGCGGGGGCGGCGGCAGCGCGCAGUCCUUCCUGCGGCCGCCCGGGACUGUGCAGUCGGCGGCGCUCAUGGCCACACACCAGCCUCUAUCGCUGAGCCGGACGACUGCCACCAUCGCGCCCAUCCUGAGCGUACCGCUGUCCGGACAGUUCCUGCAGCCCGCAGCCUCCGCCGCCGCCGCCGCCGCCGCAGUGCAAGCCAAGUGGCCCGCGCAAUAG